CACUAAUUCCAUCUAAUUCAGUGCAUCAGAUACCUUCGUCUGAUUUAAGCAAAAAAGUUGAUAACUACAUUGAAAGUGAGAAUUGGGAACCUUCAGAACAUAGUUCUAAUCUAGAUGACAUUAGUAUCGGCGAUAUUGAAAUAAAUAAGCAUAUUAUAGAAGAAGAUAUACAAUACAGUGAAGCCCCAUCUGAGAAUUCAGAAAGAAAAUUUUCAUCCGAUGGUUUUCCUCAUCAAGAAGAACAUACACCGUUCACAAGUCAAAAUAAGGCAGGCACAAGUCAAAAUGAUAUGUCUGCAAACUCUGAAAAGUAGUAAAAAUAAUGAACAUUUUCAUGUAUCCGUUCGGGACUUUACAGAAAUUCGUGAUUCUUCCGACAGCUUAGCAAAGUUGCUCAAAAGAGGCUUUUAAGCCAAAUGGAAAAUGUCAAAAAUCCCAUCUAAUACAGUGAAACCAACACCUCAAUCUGUUAUAAGCAUAAAAGUAGAUGACUACAUGAAAAACAAUUCACUGGCAACUUCAGAACAUGGUUCUAAUCAAGAUGCGAUCAGUAUUAGUGAUAUUGAAAUGAAUAGGCCUGUAGAAAAGUAUUCUAAACAAAACAGUAACAUUGAAGCUCAAACUAAGAGUUCCAAAACGAAAUUUUCAUCUAGUUUUAGCAUAAAAGUGGAUAAUUACACGAAAAGCAGUUCAUUGGAAACUUCAGAGCAUAGUUCUAAUCAAGAUGCGAUCAGUAUCAGCGAUAUUGAAUUGAAUAUUGGAAAAAAAUCUCCUCAAAAGAGUAAUGCUGAUGCUAAGUUUGAUGACACCGCAGGUCAAAGUAGUUUAAAUAAGGAGAUGUUUUUAAAGGACGAUGUUGAACGUUGGUUUCUACCAGAUUGGUGCAGAUGGUUUGCAUGGUUGUUAGUGUUUUUCCACGUCGCUCUUUGCUCGUUUUUAACCGUGGUAUACGGCUUGCAGUAUGGGAAUUCCAAGUUCUUUAAUUGGAUUUUCACGUUUGCGUUGUCGAUUUUUCAGAAUAUGUUCGUCGUUUCGCCGAUCAGAAUGGUGCUUAUGGCGACUUGGUUCGCUUCUUACGGCCGUUCUGCAGUGCAGAGAAAAGACUGGGUGGGUUUCACGGGGAAGUGGGCCCGAUUACGUGCCCUGGCUAAAUGGAAUGACUUGAAAAAGCAAUACGUUAAUUUGGACCGUGUGUCAAUAGCAAACUUGGCAGAAAAAGCAAGCAUACUUGGUGAAGAUGUUGUUGGCUUCGUGUCAUUUGGUGGCAUUAAAAGGGCUGGGGAAAUUGUGAAACGGCCGUGGUGUUACAGAUUCCCAACGGAGGAAGGUUUGGUUAGAGCUGGAAAGUUGAGAGUGGCAGUGACACAAGUACGGCGCUAUUGGUUGGAAGCAAUUUCCUGGACCUUGCUCGCUGUGUUUGUCACUGCUCUUAUUGUGUUGCAAAGAGACUGGCGGCUUCUGCGUCUCCACAACCGCGCUAGGGAUUACUUUGUCACCUCGUUCUACGAAAUUCAAGCGAGAGGAGACGUUUUCGAGUUUUUAGAAGACGGCUUAGUACCUGCUCUUUUUAAAGAAAAUGAAGCCGCCAUUGCUGACCGUUUUGACAUGCUCGGCCCGAUUAGAAUUCGACAGACCAGGAUCAAACCAUACCCAUGCCCUACUCUCCCAAACAAGGUGCUAAAAAAGACUUGUAAGCCCAACAAUUUCGAAGUGGAUGAUUUGAUAUAUUACGAGACGGGCGACUUCGGACCUACGUGGACGUCUGCUGAUAACAAACAAGAGAAAGACGACCAUAAGUCUCAAACUACCAGCGCUUGGCAGUACCUUAAUGUUGGAGAGGAUUUCGGAACAAAGCUGGCUCUGGGGAACUCUAUUCGGCGCUCCAUGUAUCCCUAUGGUGGGUACGUUGUAGACCUUGGGUACACCAGCGAUGAUAUUUUGCCGGUCGUUGCUGGCCUGAAAAAUUCUCUAUGGAUUGACAAUGCCACUGCUGCUGUGUUUGUGCAAUUUUCGUAUAUCACCCCGUCUGCUCGACACGUAACUGCUGUCACAUUGGUAGCCGAGUUCCUGGCUGAAGGCGGCGUGAAUUUGUGCCAUCAGACUCACAGCUAUAGGCCUGUGUAUAUUUAUAACAUAGUCGACUUCAUAGUGAUGAUACUUCAGGUUUUACAUCUAGGAGUUGCAUGUCUCAUCGUGUUCGAUUUAUUCGUGCAAUUUCACGCAUCGCGUUGGACUGCUCGAGGAAUCUAUAAUGUUGUUGUCGAUUUAUGGAACGGUUUAAGCGCUCUUAGCGUUGGUCUAACUGUGGCUGCAUAUUCCGCGUAUUACUAUCACAUUACCACUGGCAUUGCCGUAACUCAAGCGUACAGAAAAGACCCUGGGAAAUAUGCGGCAUUUUCAACACCUGCAUACCACAAUGUGAACUACUUUUUACUCAUGAGCGCUGUUGCCUUUACUGCUUACAUGCGGUCACUCAAACUAUUCCGUGGCAGUCGCGUGGUGUCGCUGAUGAUGAGGACUUUAUCUCGCUCGCAAAACCAGCUGAUCAGCGUCAGUUUCGUAGUUCUGGUUUUCAUCAUAGCUUACGGUCACUUUGGCGUGCUGUUGUUCGGCAAUAAUAAGUUUGACUUCAGGCACAUAGCUGCUGCGGGUACCGCCCUGUUUUCUCUUAUGGCCGGUAUGGACGUCCAGCAGCCCGAACACGGCGUAUCAUCGGAGAGUUGGUGGGCAAUUUACUUCGGUUCAUUCAUGAUGCUCGUCAUCGGAAUAUUCCUCAAUCUUUUCGCUGCUGUUGUCGGCGACACUUUCCAUAAAGUUCGACACAAACGAAAAAUGGGCGAGAACGUUCAUACCGAAGUGCUGGCAGUCGCAUGGGUUCAAGAACAAUUCCUGUUGUUUUUCGGUAUCCCAUCGACUAGAUUUAAAGAAAAAUAUAAAGAGGCUCGUGCAUCUAAUGAAAGUGGAGAAUCCUAUGAUUGCUACAAUUCGGUGACAACGAAUGUAACACCUUUAGCGCAAGAGCUACAACUCAUGAUUGCAAAACACAAUGACAAUAAAAAUUCUCUAACGCCGUGAUGACAACACUUGGAAUGUUAUUUUUUUUGUUUAACGUUAGGCUUUUGUGUAGUUGAGCGGAUAUGUGAAUUAACAAUUAUAGUAGAAUGGGGCACGAUGGGACACUUUUUAUUCUAUUUUCUUGUCCCAGUUGGUUGUAAACAAAUACUAUUAAAUAAUUUAUAAAACCGUAUCCUCACGACUCCUAUAAACCGUUGUUGAUUGUUUAAAACACCAUUAGGAUAUUAUGUGCUAUAAAGGUGUCCCGUCUUUCCCCACCCUAUAUUACGCAAUGGCGGGUGCAUUUUUAUGUUCGUAUUAAAAACGCGCUUGGUCCACUUAGCGUCGGCGAAA